UUAACGGAUUUGAUAAUGUGUCUCAAAAUGAAACUACUAUGGCCAACAGAAAUGACAACCUUGUCUAAAAUCAAACCAAAAGUAUCAUCCAAAAUGAAGAAACUGAUUGGUUAACCUAAAUCGAGUGUGAAAGUGACACUCUUCUGAGGUUCAUUAGUCUAGUUCUAAACAUGAAUGCUUGAGUGAUCUACGUAGAAUUAAAAUUAUUUUACAUUAACUAAGCAACGCCAAACUCCGCCUCUUCCGUCGUCCCCUGGUUGAUCUUCUGUUUAAUCUUUCUACUACUUCGUGAAGAGUGAAAAAAAGGUCAAAAAAAUCAAGCUUUUUGAAGCAAACACUUUUGUUAAAUUAAUUAGCGUAAAGCCUUGAAAGUCGCCAUUCGCCAUUUCCUCAUUUCUCCAUUUCUUGUCCUUUAGCUUCAUCUCUCUCUCUCUCUCUCUUGAAACUAGUAUCCAUUUUCAUCAUCAAGAAAGAUAAAACUACAAUUCUAUGAGAACAUCAUCUGGGUUUUUAACUAUUUGUUCAUUUUGAUCUGCUGAUGAAAAAGAAAGAGAGAAAAUAUUAGAGUUUUAUGAAGUUUUGCUAUAUGGGGAGGGUUAGUAGUACUGUAAAUACAGUUGAAUCAGCAUAUUCAGUGCCAAGUAUGGCACCAACAGUGAGUGGUAGUAUGGAGAGUGAAAAUCAUUUGAGUAGCUUUUACAAUUCUGUGAAUGCGGUGUCGUUUGGGUUUGUUGCCACUGCCAUUCUCAUCUCUAUGUUCCUUGUUAUGGCCAUUUUCGAGAGGUUUCUCCGCCCCAGGUCAACAGCUGCCGAGGGCGGCCACAGCCCUGCUGGGGUUGAGAAUAUGAGGUCACAAGGGAAGUUCAACUACCCUUCUCCGAAGAUGACAGUUUAUGCCAAUGGGCUGUCAGUAUUGAUGCCAGGAGAAGAAAUUCCAACUUUCAUAGCUCAUCCUGCUCCGGCAACAUGUCCUUUAGAAUAAGUCUUCUUUUCAUGGCCAUGACGCUUGUGAAGCGUAACACAAGAAGAAUGUCAUGAAACAAAAGUUGGAGAAAAAUGAUGGUUUUAUGUAUGGUUUUCAAUGCACAAAUUAGAUGCAAGCUUAUGCACAACUUGUAACGUAGUUUUUCAUAGUAACCUAGACCAUUUCUUGAUUUGUGCGUGUCAUUGUUGCACAAGCUAUGGUAACAAAGGAAAUCUAAUUUUGCUAGAGAUGAAUAAAAUUUGAAAGUAGCGAUUUUUCUUUCA